AUGGCAGACUCAGAAAAAGAUGGUCGUCUCUACGAAACCACUGCGGUGGGUCCAUUUGACGUGGAGAAAAUCCAGGCCGUUGUCGAAGUCUCCGAUACAGAUCUAUCAGAAAUGUUGGACAUCCUGCGUGAGACUAUCAGAGACCACGAGUUAGAUCCUAACUUCCCCACUGGAAUCCUUAACUCGGCUCGUGCUGCACUGCGAGAGACACCCGACAAGCUAGAAACAACCCGUCUUCAGGGUCUUGUAGCUGAGAUCCAGGCUGAACGUGAUCUUCUUCUCAAUGAUUCACCCUACGCCGAAGUUCGUGCAGUUGUCGACAACACCGAUGAUCCCUCGAUGCCAGUCAACACAUUCCGUGCUUGGUUUCUUGGUAUUAUUUUCACAAUCUUGGGCACUGGUAUAGAUCAGUUCUUCUCUUUGCGGUAUCCCGGAAUUUAUCUCUAUACUGUUGUUGCUCAGUUGGUGGCCUAUCCCUGCGGUGUAUUCUUCGCUCGAGUUCUACCUACCACUACCUACAGUAUCUUUGGGAGAAACUGUAGCUUAAAUCCGGGUCCCUUCAAUCAGAAAGAGCACAUGCUCAUCACUAUUAUGUCCAAUGUCGCUUAUGGAGGCCUCAAUGGAACCGCCUACGUGACUUACAUUUUCCAAGUUUUGAAGCUGGACAUGUUCUAUGGAAUGAAGGAACUGGCCAACAGUGCAGGAUUCCAAAUUAUGCUGACCCUAUCUACCCAAUUGAUUGGUUAUGGAUGUGCUGGUAUCACACGUCGAUUCUUGGUCUACCCUCCCGCCAUGUUGUGGCCCAAGAACCUGGCCCAGAUUGCCCUCAACCGAGCCCUGCACAAUGAUGGCAAGUCAGAGUCAGUGCACGGAUGGACGAUGUCUCGCUAUCGAUUCUUUCUGUACGCCUUUGGUGGAAUGUUCUUCUACUUCUGGUUUCCUGACUACAUCUUCCAGGCAUUGUCUUACUUCAAUUGGAUGACUUGGAUCGCGCCGGAAAACAUCAAACUGGCUAUCAUCACCGGCUCGAUUGGAGGAAUGGGAUUCAAUCCCCUCCCUACCUUUGACUGGAACAUUAUCUCAUAUGCAUGGGAUCCAAUUGUCACUCCAUUCUUCUCGUUGGUGAACGGAGUGAUCGGCAUGGCUCUAUCUGGCCUUGUGAUCAUUAUACCUGUAUACUUCUCCAAUGCGUGGAAUUCCGCCUAUCUCCCCAUCAACAGCAACGAUGUCUUUGAUAAUACCGGCAAUAGCUAUAACGUUAGCCGGAUUCUCACUCCAGAAUAUACCCUCGACGAAAAAGGCUACGAGAUAUACGGCCAAGCCUAUCUCGGCGCCGCCAAUUCAGUCCUGUACUCCGGCUUCUUCGCCAUCUACCUGGCAACUAUUGUGUACGCAGCACUCUACUACAGGCGAGAGAUCAUGACUGGCUUCCGUGCGAUGCUCAAGUGGUCGAGCGCCCGAGAUGAGUACAACGAUGUGCACAACCGCCUCAUGCGAGAGUACAAAGAGGCCCCAGAAUGGUGGUACUUGUGUAUCCUAGCCAUCGCGUUCAUUUUCGGAUGCGUCUGCUGCAGCAUCUACGACACCGGAAUGCCGAUCUGGGGAAUUGUCGUUGGAUUGCUGCUCUGUAUUUUCUUGCAGAUCCCCAUCGGAAUUAUUCUAGCUGUCACCAAUGUCGAGGUCACCAACAAUGUUAUUGCUGAGUUUAUUGGUGGAUACGCUGUGAAAAACAACCCAGUCGCAAACAUGAUCUUCAAGUCAUAUGGGUACAUCGCGUCGGCACAGUCUAUUCAGUUUGUCGCUGAUCUCAAAUUGGGCCAUUACAUGAAGAUCCCUCCUCGCACAAUGUUUGCCGCCCAGACUGUUGCCACUAUCAUUGCUGCAUUUGUGUCAAUUGGAGUCAAUGCCUGGCAGAUGAACAAUAUCAAGGAUGUUUGCACUUCUGAUCAAUCAUCAAAAUUCACAUGUCCUGACACCCACACAUUUUUCACUGCAUCUGUUAUCUGGGGAGUCAUUGGCCCUGCGCGCAUCUACGGUGACCAUGGUAUCUACCACCCUCUGGAAUGGGGAUUCCUUGCCGGCGCUCUUCUCCCCGUCCCCUUCUACUUCCUCGCUAAGCGCUUCCCCAACUCUUGGGUCCGCUAUAUUAAUAUUCCCCUCAUACUGUCCGGUAUUCUUUGGUGGGCCCCUUACAACUUCACCUAUGCUUGGCCGGCUCUCGUCGUUGGAUACGUUUUCAACUACUACGUGAAGCGUCGCUACGAACGGUGGUGGCAGAAGUAUGCCUACGUGCUUAGCUCCUCGUUCUCCUGUGGCAUUGGUAUUGCCGGUCUGGUAAUCUUCUUUGCUGUCCAGUUCCAUGCUGUUGAUAUCAACUGGUGGGGCAAUAACGUGCCUUAUAUUGGUUGCGAUAAUGAUGGCUGUCCCUUGCUGCCGAUUCCUGAAAUUGGGCAUUUCUGA